AUGGCGGACGUCGAAGAGCCAAAGUUGAAUUCCCUUGCGGAUCGCAUCGCCGCUCUAAAUCAGCAAAAGAACUUCUCUACACCACCACCGGGCGGCAAACGCCCUCCUCCACCACCGCCGCCGGGCAAGGCUGCGGCUGCCCCCGCGAGUGUACGGUCGACUACGAAUGGUGCCGACCUCCAAAAAAGCCCCAAGAUACCUGCGCGCCCGCAGAGAAGGGAACCGCCGCCCGUCCUCCCCCAACGAACCAAAACUUCGGAUUCGACCAUCGAGAGUCGUCCGAACCUCCCAGGCCGAAUAGCUCCUCCGCCGCUCCCAGGCCGCAAAGACUCGGGUGUACCGUCGCCUGCUCUGCCACCUCGAAGACCCUCGACACAGCAGCUUACCAAUAGGAGGGGCUCAAAUGCGUCUGAGUUGUCUCAGAUCUCGACAAUCUCGAACCUGUCUCUAGCGCCCAUCUCAUCCCGCACGAGCACCACUUCGACCGAAACACAAUACCCCCCGAGGAGGGUCCUUGCGCCAUCGCUAGACCAGGCGAAACUACCGCCAUUGCCACGUUCAAGAAAGGAGAGGGAAGCCCAAGCAGCCAAGGAAGCAGCAGAAAGGGAGAGGACUGAGGUCAUCAAAGCUCCCCUCGUGUCUGCUCGAUCUGCUCCAGCAAUACCCCAAAUCGGCUCAGGAGACCGACCUGGCUUGCCACCAAGGUUGUCGUCAAGGCCCGGGCGGUCAACGGAUCCUGCGGCGGAUGAAGCGUCUUAUACUGGCCCGCGCCGUCUUCCACCACCGCCUUCUGCCUUCGUACGGCCCAACACGACCCUAGGAUCAUCGCAGAGACCUCCCUCUAUUCCAACCAAUAGAACGUCGGACAGCUCACCACCACCAGUUCCGGUCGCGUCCCGGCCGACAUUCGAUCAGAUCAAAGCGGUCACGGUGCGCGCCGCUGAGAGCCAGGCUAAGUCGUGUUUGGUAUGCAGAGACUUCUCUGGUCCUGACAGCGUUGCAGCGCAGUAUCCUAACCAUUCUCUCCCAAGACAUGAUCCUGUGGGGUAUCUUGCCAAUGUCCUCUGCGGGCCCUUCCCGUCCGCGACAGACAAAGCUCGGGCGAUAUUUACAUGGUGCCACCACAACAUAGCUUACAACGUGGAGGAGUUCUUCGCCAAGUGUAUCAAGGGCCGCGAUGUCAGCGAGACUAUAUUUCACGGCAAGGCCGUCUGCCAGGGGUACGCCGAGGUCUACCAGGCAAUUGCCCAACGCGCAGGACUACAAUGUGUUGUUGUCGGUGGGCACGGUAAGGGCUAUGGGUACACCCCCCUUACUAAAGGCCAGGCGCCACCUCGGAAGGAUCCUUCUGGUCACGCCUGGAACGCGGUAUGCAUCGACAACGGAGAAUGGAAGCUCCUCGACGCAUGUUGGGGCGCGGGCUCAGUCGGUGAACAGCAGUUUCACAAGAAGUUCAACCCAGAGAUGUUUUGUCUGUCAAACGAACGCUUUGGGCUGAAACACUUCCCUCGUAACAAAACACACUUCUACCGCAACGACGGACGCGUCGUCAGCUGGGAGGAGUACAUGAUAGGCCCCGUCAACGGCGAGAGGGCGCAAUGGUACGGCACGGGUACCGAAGAAGGCUUCUCCGAGUUCACGUUCAGCCCGGCCGAGAAGCACAUCCCCGUGCACAGCGGCAAGACGGUGCGGUUCCAGUUCUCCAAGAUCUGCGAGCACUGGGUCCCCGAGAAGCACGGCAAGGGAUCGGGCUACCUGCUGCUGAUGAAGAUCCACGGCACCGACGGCCGCAAGGAGGACCUCGUGACCUUCGAGACGGACGGCUUCUGGUGGUGGGCCGACAUCCCCGCGCGCGACCUCGGGGCGCCCGGCCAGAAGGUCUUUCUGUAUGCGCUGACGACGCUGAAUAAUCGCGACGCGCGGGGCGUGACGAAGGAGGAGUAUUAUCGGGUCAAGGGCAGUGGCGGGUAUAGCAUGAGCUGGGCGAUUUACUGCCAGUGGGAAUUGGUGUAA